GUUUGUUUUCCCAUCCCAUCCCGUUCAUUUAAACCCCCAUGUCAUUCUCGUAGCGAACCAGUCGCAGAGAGAGAGAUGGGCAACGGAGGCCCUAAGCGCAGGAGCAACCAGGGGGAUCAGCAACGGAGGCCGCAUGAUCCAGAGGACGACUCCGGGAACGAGCGGUGUGGCCAAGUAGCAUGGCCGUGGAGGCGUGGUUACGGCAGCGGCGGCGGCAGCGUCGUGAGGUGGGAGGGCUGCGUGGAGCUCGAGGAAGGGUCGGAUGGGGCAUCUGAUGGGGGAGAGAGGCUCGCGAGGACGAGAAGCCUCACGGACGGCGACCUGGAGGAGCUCAAAGGGUGCUUGGACUUAGGGUUCGGGUUCAGCUACGACGAGAUCCCGGGGCUCCGCGCCAUGUUGCCUGCUCUCGAGCUUUGCUACUCCAUGAGUCGAUUUCUGGGUGGUGGCGCAGGCAAUGCCGGCGGGGACGCGGACGGAUCUUAUGAGGCGAUCGAUGCCCUUCCCGUUGCGAACUGGAAGAUCUCUAGCCCUGGUGAUCAUCCUGAUGAAGUUAAGGCAAGACUGAAGAUUUGGGCACAAGCAGUGGCUUGCACUGUUAGAUUAUACAGUUGAUGGAUGAAACUCUCGAAUUAUCCAUCAUGGCAUCGAGCUAUUUUCCUUCACUAUCAAUCAUCAAUCUGUGAUGUCCAAUUGCUUAUGCCAUUAGAGAUGCAGCGCCGUGGAAAUCCAAUACAGAAGAAUCAAAGGAACAGGAAAAACAUGUCCAACACCUGGAUUCAAGGAUGAUAUCAUGUAAAUUUUCCUUAUACUACAUGAUAUGGAUCUUCCCUGUAUAGUAAUCUACAAAUAAGUUGAGUAGAAUAGAAUACUUGCUUUUUGUAUGGCUUCGUAUUGUUACCGUUUUCGAGCAGUUUGAGGAUAAUUUCGUAUAUGCACAUUAUCAAGUUUGGGCAUUGUUAGUGAAUGUGUAAGAGAAAGCAAGAAAAAUGAAACAUAAGUUUGUGGGGCACUUGCCCUAUUUUUUUU